AUGUUUAGGAGGCGGUGGGGGCUGCUUGCUGCAAGCCACACUACACGUCGCGUUACGACCACAGCGCUGUGGUGCGCCAAACGGAAGUACGGUCGGAUGUGGGAGCCCUCUUGCGGAACACGCAGGAGGACGACGGUGACUUUUUCAACCAUGUGGCGUUGCCGUGACCGCGUUGCGGUGUGUGCGUGGGUGCGUCUGGCGAGUAGUACUUCUGGCGGUAGCAGCGGCAGCAAAGACAUUGACGUUGUUGACGAGACAAAACCCAUCCACAUCCGUGUUGCGGAGGAGAAGGACUCGCAGAUUUUCACCAUGCAGGAUUAUAUUGAGCGUGAGGAGGCGGAACUGAAUGCUUCUAGGUCCCUUGGCCAGAGGCUUUCCGACGCGCGCGACAACCCUGUUUGGAUGUUGUGGGCGCUGUUUUUUCUCUCACUCGGUGUGAUGACUGUUGUUGUCUCCAUUCGAGUGCGGCGCGAGCAGAUGCGCUUUGACCCCAAGUUGAGGGCCGUGAAGGCCUUUGACAGUCCCGAUGGACCGAGCAUUGGUGGCCCCUUCUCGCUUGUCGGCG